CCCGCACGCUGUGACAGCCUCUGGCCAGCAAGAGAGGAACUGCUUGUUCCUCUUCUGUCCAGCCACCGAGUCGCACAGCCAGAGGAGCAGACGCAGCUGGGGGCGGGAGGCAGGCGACAGCUCAGCUAGGAAGAUGCUGGCACUCCUGGCAGCCCUGCUCCUCCUGCUCCUCCACAGUGCGCUGUCCGGCUGGGCGCGUUGCUUGGGGUCUCCAAAUACAACCUCCUGCCUGUUCCUGAACUGGUUGGAAUUCAGUAGCAACACUUCGACAGGCCUGAACCUCAGCAACCAUGGCAUCAGGAAAAUCAAUGGCUCUGCCCAGCUGGGGGGGUCGGUCAAGAUGCUGGAUCUGUCCUUUAACCACCUGCAGACCCUUCCCCCGGAUUUCCUCUCCCAGGCGCGCACUCUCAAGGAGCUUUACCUGCAGCACAACCAGCUGCGGGGGCUGCCCACUGAGUUCUUCAAGAACGCCUCCAGCCUGCUGCACCUGGUCACGGACUGUGAGUGCAACGUCGUGGCGAGUGUCCUCAGCCACUGCAUGGGCAGCAGCCCCACCAACAGCAUGGAGCGCACCUGCUACUGCCGCUCAGGGCAGGAGGAAUCCUUCAACGUCACCGAGUUCUACAGGCAGGAGUGCCAGCCCCUCUGCACGCUGCUCUGCGUGGCCCUCACCAGCUCAGUGCUGGCCGUGCUGCUGCUAGCGGGGGGCCUGGGUGUGGCCUUGCUCCUGCUCGGGAGGAAAAGACAGGCCUCCGCCAUCCACAGCAAGCGGGAAUCCACCGCAUCGGUCGCCCGCGGCCAGCCACGCUACAUCAGCCGCAACGCAAAGCCAGGCCCCGGCCAGGCCAGCGACUAUGAGAACGUCUUCAUUGGCCACUCCCAGCCAGGAGGGCAAUACAAGUGUCUGGAGAGAAAGGGACCGCAGUACAGAGUCCAGCAGCUGGUGGACGAGGAGUGUUACAUGGAGAGUGAUACCUGCCACGGAGACCAGCCCAUUUACGCCAACACCCAGCAGCUGUACAGCAGCAGAGUCCCCACACCCAGUGAUGGCGAGGAGGUGUACAUCAUCCCGGACAAAUGAGCCCUCCACCCGCCCAGCUGGAGGCGCCCCAGCCCCGGCUGUCUCUAGGGAAGCGGGCUCAGGCAGCCGUGGGGCUUGGGUGCCACAGUCCCACAUUCAGCAGUUGUGAUCAUGUGUCACUCCCCAGGGAGGGACUGCUGGGGUUCCCAAUUAAAGCAAAAUCGCCUGGCAAUUGCUUUCCACCCGGGUUAUUACCCUGCCGCCAUGACCCCAUUCAGCCCCAUGGGAAUGCAGACAGCUUAGGUUUCCACUGGGGGUGGGGGAGGGCUAGAAUUUCACCUCCCCCUACAGAGGGAGAGCUCCUCACAGGGUAGGGUAGGGGGAUCCUACCCCUGCAUCAGUCUGCAAAUUCCUCCAGAAAUAGCUCUCGCUUCUCCUGCCAAAAUGCCUUGUUCUGCGCCAGACUGGCUGAGCCCCUGCUGGGACCCAAACACCAGCAAUUCGGCCUCCAUGGGGUUUCCUCUGCACCUGGGAACUGCGGGGGGAGACACUUAUGGAGGGGAAGACAGCAAACGGCCACCCCACAGAGCAUCCAGCCACUUGUGCAGUGCUUGGGGCUCACUAAGCAGCCCAGUGGAACCCACAAGAGAGGGCAAAAGGGACAUGGGUAGGACAGAGCUGAUUCCCAGAGGAAGUGGGGCCUCACUGGAAAGGAGGGACCCGAAGCGCUGGGGCUCCAGGAAUCGAGGGAGAUGUGCUCAGAGCAAGGCUCAAGGCAGCCAGGCCAUGGUGUGUCAUGGGGAUUCCUGGGGUGGGGGACCCGCCCGCUUUUGCUGUCUGCACCAGACUCAAUAAAGAGACUGUAGCCACGA